UUGCGACAGACUGCAAAACCCUAUUUAAACGCAGUUCGUGCUACUCUGACAGCUGCUCUUUGUCUCGAAAAUUUCCCCUCUCAAGUUGUUGAGCGCCACAACAAACCUGAAGUAGAAGUUCAGACCUCCAAAGAACUCUUGCUCAACCCCGUCAUUGUUAGCAGAAAUGAGCGUGAGCGUGUUCUCAUUGAGGGCUCAAUUAAUUCCGUUCGUGUAAGUAUAGCCAUCAAGCAAUCGGACGAAAUAGACCGCAUUAUUUGUCACAAAUUCAUGCGCUUUAUAAUGAUGCGUGCUGAAGAAUUUGUCAUCCUCAGACGGAAGCCUAUACCGGGCUACGAUAUUACCUUCCUUAUAACUAAUUUCCAUACGGAGAAGAUGUUAAAGAAUAAGCUUGUAGACUUUAUAAUUACUUUCAUGGAGGAAAUCGAUAAAGAACUCUCUGAAAUGCGUCUGGCAGUGAAUUCAAGAGGUCGUCUUUGCGCAGAGGAGUUCCUUAAAGCCUUUGACUAG